CACACCAAGGCGUUGAGCUCUCUUGGCCCUUGAUGUCGUCAGGGGAGAUCGAGUACUUGAUCCGCCAAACCCCGAGACUAUACGGGCUGAAAAGAGGAUGGGCCGGUCUAGUCGCCUCGAGAGGCUUCGACUAGUGGCGAUCCGCAGGAGUGUUUGUGGAUUGCUCGGCAUUCCUGGCAACGGCAUGCAUCAUGUCUUGGCCUGGGAGGAUAGGGUACUGGGCAGUGCUCGUCUUGAUGGGUUGGAUAGGGAAAGUCGGGAUUCAAGGGCAGCUGAGGGGCGGGAGAUACCGGUAGGCCAACGGGGCGGGGGAGGAGCAAAGGCGAGUCCGAGGACGGUGAAUGGCUAAGCAGAUGGAUCGAAAGCAAGGCCGAGCGUUGAUGCUCACGACCGGGCCCGGAGACGACUUCAAGGGGUUCGCCAUGGCAUCACCGCCACCGACGAGCAGGUGCCUUCGUCGGGCCGUGAACAGGUGUAGGAGACUCCAUGCGC